UUGACAGAAUCAGAAGCCAAUAAAAAGCGACUAAAUGUGGAAGAAACGCCCUGAAAAUAAAAAGACGAAACGUUUCUUUGCGUCAGUAAAAGUUCAGUCCAGAAGGUUUGUGAAGCUGAAGCGCAGCCGGACAGUUUGGAGACCAGCAGCAGAAGAAGCUGCGCGUCAAAAGGCGCGUCGUCGUUGAUCCGGUAACAUCUCGCCAGUGUCUCCUCAUCUCUCUCUGCAGACGGACCAACACCAGCGACCCGGACGAGGAGAGGAGAACCAGCAUCAUCCUCUCAUAGAACCGGAUUAUAUAUGAUCACAUGAGCCCGCUGCUCGGUUUACCGGACGGACCGGCGGAGACUCACCGGACACUUUCAUCCAGAUUCUGCAAAAAUCAGCGCAAGAAAAAUUAAACUUUGAAAGUUCUUCACGUGAGAAGACGCAGCUGAGAUGAAGAUCUGUAUGUCCCAAUCACAUGGCUUCCCGUUGAUCCCCCUGUCGCUCCUCUAACUGGAGAAGAACCAGUUCCUCGAUGGUUCUCCACAGAAACCUUCAGCCGUCCGUCGCUCUGUAGGUUUCCCCGGUCGUCACCAUGGCAGCCGUCCCAGACGCCCCCUGCCUGUCGGAGCUCGGCGGACUCCCCAACCGGAACAUCAGCCUCGUCUCCAGCGCCCGACCUUGCAACCGGAGCACCGCCAGGACCUCGCCUUACGGCCCGCAAGCCACCGCGGCCUUCGCCAUCGCCAUCACUUUCAUGAUGGUCCUCACCAUCGUCGGGAACAUCCUCGUCAUCAUCGCCGUCCUGACGUCCCGAUCCCUCAAGGGGCCUCAGAACCUCUUCCUGGUGUCGCUGGCGGCGGCGGACAUCCUCGUGGCCACGCUCAUCAUCCCGUUCUCGCUGGCCAACGAGCUGCAGGGCUACUGGGCGUUCAGCUCCAUGUGGUGCGAGAUCUACCUGGCACUGGACGUCCUCUUCUGCACCUCCUCCAUCGUGCACCUGUGUGCGAUAGCGCUGGACCGCUACCUGUCGAUAUCUCGCCCCGUGUCCUACGGCGCCAAACGUACCCCGUCACGCAUCAAGGCGGCCAUUAUCAUCGUGUGGCUGAUCUCUGCGGUUAUUUCUUUCCCUCCUCUUCUCACGCUGGACAAGAGCGAAGGAGGUGAAGAGGUGUGCGAGCUGAACAACGAGCGCUGGUACAUCCUCUACUCCACCAUCGGCUCUUUCUUCGCCCCCUGUGUGAUCAUGAUUCUGGUGUACGUGAGGAUUUAUCAGAUCGCCAAGCAGCACACGCGCUGCCCGCCGGGACGGAAGCAGAAAGAGGCAGCAGGAGGAAACGCCAGCGCGGGAACCAAUGAGCCUCCGGUAAAGUUAUCCGAGCAGAACGGGGAUCAAGGAGGUACGGCGGGCAGCCAACGGGAGGAAGUCCUGCCCAAAAUGUCUGGCUCUGAUUCCACCCCGUCAUCGCUUCAAAACCCGCCUGAGAACGCCGCGAGCCAGGUCCAAAAAUCCACCUCAAUCCCCCAACGUGGCAGCCAAAUCCUCUCAGCUGUCCCCCACAGAGAGUCCGGCGACAACUCGUCCAGCUCCGGCUCGGAAAUGGGCGAGGAAGGCGUCAAAGAAGAGACGAACGAGGCGACAAACAGGAAAGGGUUCAGAGUCCAGAUGCUGAACCUGGCCUCCAGGUACAAAACCACCAUGGCCACACCGUCCGGCACCAAACUGGUACCCGAGGAAACGCCGAAGAUUCAGGGGACGCCCGCGUCCCGCCGCAAAGCCAUGGUGAACCGGGAGAAGAGGUUCACCUUCGUGUUGGCGGUGGUGAUGGGAGGGUUCGUGAUCUGCUGGUUCCCCUUCUUCUUCUCUUACUCUCUUCAGGCGGUGUGCCCCGAGACCUGCAGCAUCCCCAACCCUUUGUUUAAGUUCUUCUUUUGGAUCGGCUACUGCAACUCCUGCCUCAACCCGGUCAUUUACACCAUCUUCAACAACGACUUCAGGAAGGCCUUCAAGAGGAUACUGUGCAGGGACACCAAGGGGACGUUCUUCUAGAGGAGGACAGGUUCAUCUGAACAUAAACAUCUUUCUGUAUUUCAUCGACCUUCUUCGGCAUCAACACUUUUAGGAGGAAAUCGUCUCCUUGAUGUGUGUCUGAACGCUGUCAGCUGAGUCAGAGCAGCGCCCACAAAGAGGGAUGUUUC